AUGGGAAAGGAGAAGUCUCACAUCAACAUCGUGGUCAUUGGCCACGUCGACUCCGGCAAGUCGACCACCACCGGCCACUUGAUCUACAAGCUUGGAGGUAUUGACAAGCGUGUGAUCGAGAGAUUCGAGAAGGAGGCUGCUGAGAUGAACAAGAGGUCCUUCAAGUAUGCCUGGGUGUUGGACAAGCUAAAGGCUGAGCGUGAGCGUGGUAUCACCAUUGAUAUUGCCUUGUGGAAGUUUGAGACCACCAAGUACUACUGCACUGUCAUUGAUGCUCCCGGACAUCGCGAUUUCAUCAAGAACAUGAUCACUGGUACCUCCCAGGCUGAUUGCGCCGUUCUUAUUAUCGACUCCACCACCGGUGGUUUUGAGGCUGGUAUCUCCAAGGAUGGGCAGACCCGUGAGCACGCUCUCCUUGCUUUCACUCUUGGUGUCAAGCAGAUGAUCUGUUGCUGUAACAAGAUGGAUGCCACCACUCCCAAGUACUCAAAGGCGAGGUACGAUGAAAUCGUGAAGGAGGUUUCUUCCUACCUGAAGAAGGUGGGUUACAACCCUGAGAAGAUUGCCUUUGUUCCCAUCUCUGGAUUCGAGGGUGACAACAUGAUUGAGAGGUCUUCCAACCUCGACUGGUACAAGGGUCCAACCCUCCUUGAUGCUCUCGACCAGAUCAACGAGCCGAAGAGGCCCUCAGACAAGCCCCUGCGUCUCCCACUUCAGGACGUGUACAAGAUCGGAGGCAUUGGAACUGUGCCUGUGGGACGUGUCGAGACUGGAGUCAUCAAGCCUGGUAUGGUGGUCACCUUUGGUCCCAGUGGUCUGACCACUGAGGUCAAGUCUGUUGAGAUGCACCACGAAGCUCUCCCUGAGGCUCUUCCCGGUGACAAUGUGGGAUUCAACGUCAAGAAUGUUGCUGUCAAGGAUCUCAAGCGUGGUUAUGUCGCUUCCAACUCCAAGGAUGACCCUGCCAAGGAAGCCGCCAACUUCACCUCCCAAGUGAUCAUCAUGAACCACCCUGGUCAGAUUGGCAAUGGCUAUGCUCCAGUCCUCGACUGCCACACCUCCCACAUUGCCGUCAAGUUCGCCGAGCUUGUGACCAAGAUCGACAGGCGGUCCGGCAAGGAGCUCGAGAAGGAGCCCAAGUUCUUGAAGAAUGGUGAUGCCGGUAUGGUGAAGAUGCUUCCCACCAAGCCCAUGGUUGUCGAGACCUUCUCCGAGUACCCACCUCUGGGUCGGUUUGCCGUGAGGGACAUGCGCCAAACUGUUGCUGUUGGAGUCAUCAAGAAUGUGGAGAAGAAGGACCCAUCUGGUGCAAAGGUGACCAAGUCUGCUGCUAAGAAGAAGUGA